CCAAGAGAAAGUAAGGUGACACUGGUACAGAAUGAGCAUCGCUCGCAAAAAAGACAAGAUAUUAUCAGAAAAUACACAAAUUAUCAGAGAAAGAGACAAGGGGAAACAAGAGUGCGUAUUAAUCUGGUGUCAUCUGAUACAGAUUCUGCUACAAUCUGUCAGGGGCGUCGAGCCACAGUGAGAAUUACAAAAUGUCUCUUGAGUCAAGGCAACGUGAAAAUAUGGACGCUCCAGAGCAGCCUUCUGAUCUGAGGAUUGUUCUGGUGGGCAAGACUGGAGCAGGGAAGAGUGCCACAGGAAACACCAUCCUGGGGAGAAAGGCCUUUGUGGUGGACUCCUCCUUUAUGUCAGUUACUAAAGAGUGUCAGAAGGAAGAGGGAGAUGUGGAUAGAAGGAAGGUUGUGGUGGUAGACACCCCAGGUGUUUUCGACACCUCACUCUCACCAGAGGAGAUGAAAGAUGAGAUAGUCAGGUGUAUUUACAUGUCAGUUCCAGGUCCUCAUGUGUUUCUAGUGGUGGUUAGACUGGGGGUGAGGUACACAGAGGAGGAGAGGAACACUGUCAAGUGGAUCCAGGAGAACUUUGGAGAAAACACUUCAACAUAUACCAUCUUCCUCCUGUCUCAUGUUGAUGACCUCAGUGGGAAAAGUGUCGCUGAGUCCCUAAAAGCAUGCCCAGAGCUACGACAGCACAUAGAUUCAUGUGGGAAGAGAUAUCACUGCUUCAACAAUAAAGAAGGACACCACACUCAGGUGACCGAGCUGUUAGAGAUGAUAGACAAGAUGGUAGAGUGGAAUGGAGGGAAGCACUACACCAGUGAGAUGUAUGAAGCUGCUCAGAGGAGGAUCAGAGAGGAGGAGGAGGGGAGGAGAGAGGAGGAGGAGAGGAGGAGAGAGGAGGAGGAGAGACUGAGACAAGAGCAGGCUGAUAGGAGAGCCAGGGAGGCAUUGAAAACAAAACUGUUAGCAGGUGGUACAAGUGUGGGGGGGACUCUUGCCAUCGUUGGGACUGCGUUAAUCUUGACUCAAGAUGGGAUAUUUGGGUCUUUAAUGGUGGCUGGGGGACUUGCAGUUGCUGUUGGUGUCUGGUUGGCAAUUAUCAAAAUUAAAAGUUUAUUUAGAAGAACUCCAUGGGUCCUACUACGGGGCAAACACUUUUUUCUACUGUUCCUUUCAGGACAGUCUUCUGAUCUGAGGAUUGUUCUGGUGGGCAAGACUGGAGCAGGGAAGAGUGCCACAGGAAACACCAUCCUGGGGAGAGAGCCCUUUGUGGUGUCUGCAUCCUCAAUAUCUGUUACUUUAGAGUGUGAGAGGGAGGAGGAGGAUGUGGGUGGAAGACAUGUAGUAGUACUUGACACCCCAGGUUUUUACGAUACAUCAUUGACACAAGAAGAAAUGGAACAGGAGAUAGUCAAGUGUAUUGAAAAGUCAGUUCCAGGUCCUCAUGUGUUUCUAGUGGUGGUUAGACUGGGGGUGAGGUACACAGAGGAGGAGAGGAACACUGUCAAGUGGAUCCAGGAGCACUUUGGGGAAGAUGCUACAAAAUACACCAUCUUUCUCUUCUCUCAUGUUGAUCAGCUUAAAGGGAAAGCUGUAACCGAUAUUCUAAACGAAUGCGAAGAGUUAGAUAAUGAAAUAAAAUCAUGUGGGGGCAGAUAUCACUGCUUCAACAAUGAUGAAAAGGACCACACUCAGGUGACUAAGCUGUUAGAGAAGAUAGACAGGAUGGUAGCGAUGAAUGGAGGAGAGCACUACACCAGUGAGAUGUAUGAAGCUGCUCAGAGGAGGAUCAGAGAGGAGGAGGAAAGGAGGGAGGAAGAGGAGAGGCAGAGAAAGGAAGAAGAGAGGAGGAGGCAGGAGGAGGAGAGGCAGAGACUGGUGGAGGAGGAGGUCAAGAAGAGAGUGCGGGUGGUGACUAUGAUGCAGAAGAUGGAGAGGAGAAAGGAGGAGGAGGAGAGGAAGAGGAAAGAGGAGGAGGAGAGGAAGAGGACAGAGGAGGAGGAGAGGAAGAGGAGAGAGGAGGAG